CCACCGACCCAUCAUGAGUUCAUCACUAUCGUAAUCACAAUCAUAGUCAAAUCAAAUCCCCAAAUUCCGCUUCAUUUAUUCAUACUCAACAGUUGAACACCAUCUCCAAUUACACACUCUCCGCCGACAUUACCUUAAUUCGCUAUUUUUAUGUCAUCAAGAUCGCCAUUAUCAUCUUCAAGACCCGUGACUCAUGGCAACUAAAGGUAAUCCAGGAGACAAUAGAACUAGGGCCUCAUUUACUCUAUUUAUAGUAGUUGGUUUAUGUUGCUUCUUUUAUUUACUUGGUGCGUGGCAACGAAGCGGUUUUGGUAAGGGAGAUAGUAUAGCUCAAGAAGUAACAAAGAGCGCCGAUUGUAGUGUGCUUUCGAAUCUGAACGUCGAGAGUCACCAUGGUAACGGAGUGAAGAAGACCGACGAUUUACGAUCAGAAAUCAAGGUUUUCGAGCCAUGUGAUGACCGGUUUGUUGAUUACACCCCCUGUCAUGAUCAAAUGCGCGCAAUGACUUUCCCUAGAGAAAAUAUGAAUUACAGGGAAAGACAUUGUCCUCCUGAAAAUGAGAAAUUACACUGUCUUAUUCCCGCCCCGAAAGGGUAUGUGACACCAUUUCCAUGGCCCAAAAGUCGUGAUUUCGUCCCAUUUGCCAAUGCGCCUUACAAAAGCUUGACUGUCGAGAAGGCGAUUCAAAAUUGGAUCCAAUACGAAGGGGAUGUUUUUCGGUUUCCAGGUGGCGGAACGCAGUUUCCUCAUGGGGCUGAUGCGUAUAUCGAUCAUUUGGCUUCUGUCAUCCCAAUUAACAACGGGAUGGUUAGAACGGCACUAGACACUGGAUGUGGUGUUGCAAGUUGGGGUGCGUAUUUAUUCAAGAAAAACGUGAUAGCCAUGUCGUUCGCACCACGAGACUCACAUGAAGCGCAAGUUCAAUUUGCUCUUGAAAGAGGUGUUCCGGCAAUUAUUGGUGUUCUAGGAACGAUAAAGCUUCCGUAUCCUUCUAGAGCCUUCGACAUGGCUCAUUGUUCGAGGUGCUUGAUACCAUGGGGCGGAAAUAGUGGAAAGUACAUGAUGGAAGUGGAUCGAGUCUUGAGACCCGGUGGCUAUUGGGUUCUUUCUGGACCGCCGAUUAACUGGCGGGCUAAUUAUAAAUCAUGGCAACGGCCUAAAGACGAACUUGAAAACGAACAGAGGAAUAUCGAGGAAACGGCUAAACUUCUUUGUUGGGAGAAAAAAUAUGAAAAGGGCGAAACCGCAAUUUGGAGGAAACGAGUCAAUAAAUCCUAUUGUCAAGAACGUGACUCUCGUGUUACCAUGUGUAAAUCCAAAAAUGCAGAUGAUGUCUGGUACAAGGAGAUGGAAGCUUGUGUAACCCCGUAUCCCGAGACAGACAACAAUGACGAUGUUUCGGGUGGUGAAUUAAAACCGUUUCCCGAGAGACUAAAUGACGUUACACCGAGGAUUACCAGUGAUUCGGUUCCUGGAAUAUCUGUUGAGCUAUUCCUAGAAGACAACAAACUGUGGCAGAAACAUGUGAAUGCGUACAAGAGGGUGAAUAAGAUCAUUGACUCAGGGCGUUAUCGUAAUAUUAUGGAUAUGAAUGCGGGUCUUGGAAGCUUUGCUGCUGCACUCGAGUCUCCGAAAUCAUGGGUUAUGAGCGUGAUGCCAACGGUGUCUAAAAAAGACACACUUGGUGUCAUUUUUGAGCGCGGUCUGAUUGGCAUCUACCAUGACUGGUGUGAAGCGUUCUCAACUUACCCGAGGACAUAUGACCUAAUACACGCAAACGGUCUUUUCAGCUUGUACAAAGACAAGUGUAGUUACGAGGACAUUCUUUUAGAAAUGGACAGAAUUUUACGGCCCGAAGGCACAGUAAUAAUACGUGACAGUGAAACAGAGGUUAUGAAGGUGAAAAGAAUGGUUUCGGGCAUGAGAUGGAACACGAAAAUGGUGGAUCAUGAAGAUGGACCACUUGUUUCUGAGAAGAUAUUGUUUGCUGUUAAACAGUAUUGGGUUGCAGGUGAAAGUAACUACACAUCAUCCAGAUGAUUGAGGAAGAUUAUGGUGUAGGAUGAAAUUUGUUUAACAUAUUGUUUGUUUUGAUCUUAAUUAGUUGUAUACAAAAAUAUUUAUAUUAGUUUAAGUUUAGUUUAGGGCUGAUAUAAGAGUUCUAAUUUUUGAGCUUCAAUUUAAAAGGAUUUUAUAUUAAAAAAUAUUUAUAUAAUUUUUAGAGCAC